UAAUAAUACAGUAUUUGAAUAGAGGCAAACUAAGGUUCGCCAUGUAUCUAUAUACUCUCUUCCUCCUCUUCCUGGCGUCCGUCAACGUCAACGCCUACGCAAACCCCGGUGCCUGCUCGGGCAACUGCUGGACCCAUGAUCCUGGUCUGUACCAGCGUAAAUCCGACGGGAAAUACUUUCGCUUCGCAACGGGCGGAGGCAUCCAUAUCGCGUCGGCGGACAGUCUCGAGGGCCCGUGGACAGACGACGGCUAUGUUCUACCCAAUGGCUCCAUCAUCGAUCUAAGCGGGAAGAACAACCUCUGGGCCCCUGACCUGCACUACCGAGAUGGGACAUACUACCUCUACUACGCGGUUUCCUCGCUCGGCUCGCAGAACUCGGCCAUUGGAGUUGCAACCUCCAAGUCCAUGGAAGCCGGCAGCUGGACCGACCACGGCACUACCGGCAUCGAGUCCACGUCCGCCAGCCCGUACAAUACCAUCGACGCCAACUGGAUCGUCGUCGGUGGCACCCAGUACGUCAACUUUGGCUCCUACUGGAAUAACCUGUUCCAGGUGGAGAUGGCCAACGGCCUCAAAAUCAAGAGCGGCGCCACGCCGCACCAGAUCGCCUACAAUGCCAGCGGGAUCCAUCGCCAGGAGGCGGCCUUCAUCUUUGAGCGCAACGAUUACUUCUACUUGACUUUCUCCGGGGUAUUGCGCUGGGCACCGGGCGAGGAGUACUUUAUCUCGGUUUGUCGGUCGACUUCAGCGACGGGAGGAUUCGUCGACAAAAACGGCGUUUCGUGCCUGAACAGCGGAGGAACCCUUUUGCUCGCCAGUCAUGAUUACGUCUACGGCCCCGGCGGACAGGGCAUCCUCAACGACCCAAGCAAGGGGUUGGUCUUGUACUAUCACUACGCGGACACGCGCAUCGGCAAGGCCGUCGAGGACUACCAAUUCGGAUGGAACCAGUUGAAGUGGGACAACGACUGGCCUAGUGUUUGACCUUGAAUCAUUUGUUUUUCUGAUUAUACAUAUGCUUUUUUUCAUAUAUAUUUUAUCUAUUUGUUAAUAUUGUUUGAUUAUUCAAGCGUUCAGCCACUGCGCCACCGGGAGCGUGGAAUUCGAUAGUUAUGCAAGGGGUGAAUCUGUACAUUCGCUCUAUUGGCCUUAGCCAGGAGCAAGAAUGCCCUAUCAUUCAGGGGAAUAAAUCUCAGGCUUGGGAUAUUGAAUAUUUUUGCUAUUGAUUCUGGUUUCAUAGAUCUGCUGAGAGAAAUUGAGAGAGGCCGAUCACUCAUUUGGCUGCCA